CUCUCUCUCUCUCUCUCUCUCUCUCUCUCUCUCGUGUUCGUGAUUUUCUUCUCUUUCUCUAAGACAUAGCGAGCUCUUUCUCUGUUACUUUAAUGGCGAGCACCACUAAGAAGGUCGAAAAGGUUCGCCAAAUCGUUCGACUGAAACAAGUGAUGAAGCGUUGGAAGGCAAUGAGCCUUAGAUGCCGAUCAGAACUCUCUGUCCCAGAAUUGGAUUCCAACUCCGGUUCCUCUCGCCAUAUUCCUGCCGGUUUCCUUGCCGUCUACGUUGGACCAGAGCGGAAGCGGUUCGUGAUCCUAACCCGUUUCCUCAACCUCCCGGUCUUCAUUUCUCUGCUCCAGAAAGCCGAAGAGGAAUUCGGGUAUCAGUCCCAUGGAGGCCUCGUUUUGCCUUGCGAAGUGGGCUUUUUAAAAGAACUUCUGAAAGCUCUUGAGAAGGAUGAACAAAGCUUCAAGAAGUUGGAGUUGGAUGAGUUCUUGAAGAUGUUCUCUGAAGUGGGUCUUGAUUCCUGUAAGCAAAGGAACAACUCUUCCAGUGGAUUUACUCCCCUGUUGCAGAAAGCUAGGGUUUGAUGAUGAUGAACAACUCUUGCGAUGGAAUACACCCUUGUUGCAGAAACCUAAGGUUUGAUGAUGAUCUUGGUUCUAGUUUAAUCCCCAUCCCCCUUCCUUUUUCACUCGGAUGGUCUUCCAUGGUGGUGGGUUCGUUUAGGAUUAGGGAGGGAUAAAAAGGAUUGUAAAAGAAGCAAUCUGAGAUCUGGUAAGAGGGGUUUUUUUUUUUUUUUUUUUUUUUUGCACUUUUUCAUUUUUGAACCAUCCAUGCCCCAAAUCUUGAAUGGUGGGUUUCAAUGAGAUGUUUAGCUGUUAAACUUUCUAGGGUUUUAGAGGAUACCAUAUGAUUCUACCAAAAAAACAAAAAAUAAGAACAAUGACGUUGAGGAUUCUGUAUCUCAGAAAUUUAAUUUUUAUUUGCUAACUUUUUAGGUUA